GUUUGGUAUAAUUCGGGGGCCAUGCCGCCGCCACCCAAAGCAAAGAAAGAGGAUGCCGGCCCAGAUCCUCCCUUUUCCUUGACUCUCCGGCCAAGCCUUUUUUUCUGUCUUAUGGUUCGGACUGGACUGGGGCCCAAACUGUAUCAAACCUCGCCGAGAGCAGGAAUUUAACAAGUGCAGCAGCCCAACCGUCAACAUGCAAGAACCCUUGAGCGAUGCCUCCAAAGAGGCUACCGAAAGCAACACCACUCCCCCUGACGCGAAAUCGUCCACCGCAUUGGGAGUCGUCGAGGAUGGAACAGAGACAGCAGCCGUCCAGCAGACCAUGACCGGCUUCCCUCUCUACGCCGUCCUCGUCGGUAUCUGUGUGGGAUCGUUUCUGAUGUCCAUCGACGUCUUCAUCAUCUCGACCGCCAUCCCCUCCAUAAUGUCCGACUUCCGCGACACGUCCAACAUCGCCUGGUACCCGGCCGCCUACUCGCUCACCACGUGCGCACUGAUCCCGCUCGCGGGCAAGCUCUCGUCCAUCCUGCCGCUGCGCUGGGUCUACCAGGCCUUCUUCGCCGUCUUCCUCGUCGGCAGCGUCGUGUGCGGCGCCGCCACCUCCUCCAACAUGUUCAUCGUCGGGCGCGCGAUAGCGGGAGUCGGCGCCUCGGGCGUCGCCACGGGCGGGCUCAACGUGGUAUUAGCUGUCAGCUCCCCCGCCACGCGCGCCAUGAAUAUGGGCUUGGUCAGCAGCAUGUUUGCGCUGGGUAUUAUUCUGGCUCCCAUCAUCGGGGGUGCGUUCACCGAGCGGGUUACCUGGCGCUGGUGCUUCUAUGUGAAUUUGCCUGCGGGCGCCGUCACGCUGGCGAGCAUGUUCUUCUUUUUUCGGCCGCGCGCCAUUCAUGCGGAGCAGUCUCUUCGUGAGCGGCUGAAGCAUCUUGACCUGGUUGGGUGUGUGUUGUUUGUGCCGGCGUGUUUUAUGGUGCUCAUGGCUAUGCAGUGGGGUGGUGUGAGGUACCCCUGGAACUCGCCGACUGUCAUCGGUUUGUUUGUCGGCGGAGGGUGUUUGGUUUUGGUCUUUAUUGCGUGGCAGUGGUAUAUGGCCGAGUACGCUCUCAUCCCAGGCUCGGUCGUCAAGAGGCGUGCCGUCGCCGUCGGGUGCGUCUUUGCCUUUUGCCAGCUCGGCGGUUUGGCCGUCAUGUCCUACUAUCUGCCGGAGUGGUUCCAAGCUGUCCAGGGUGCCAGUCCGUUGGAGAGCGGUGUUCGUGUUUUUCCGUCGGUCAUCUCGCAGAUUGUUGGCAUCUUAAUCGUCGGUGUUCUUGCGGUCCGAGCCCGUUACUACAACCCCUGGUUCUUCGUCGGCUCCCUGUUGAUGUGCAUCGCCGCUAGCCUCUACACCACUUUCACUACCUUCGACACGCCCUCUAGCGAGUGGAUAGGCCUCCAGGUACUGCAGGGCCUCGGCGUCGGGCUGACCAUGCAGGUAACGACCUUGAUCCUCCAACAGGACCUCGAAGGCUCGCCGCUGCUUCCCGUCGGCGUAUCGCUGGGCCUUUUCUCGCAGUACCUCGGUGCCACAGUGAGCCAAGUGAUCGCGGGCAGCAUCUUCAACACCUAUCUCCGCGAGGCGCUACGUGACGCCGGCCUCAGUCCAACUCAGAUCGGGCUCCUCCUGCAGGCAGGCACGGGGCAUGUGCGUGAGACGGCCGAGCGCUACUUUCCGGACUUUGCCGUGCCGGUGCUGGAUGCUUAUAACCAUGCUAUCACCAGAGUCUACUUUGUCCCGGUAGCGACGAGUGCUGUGGCAUUUGUUGUUGCCCUCUUCCUGCGAUGGAGGCCGGUUGAAACUGGAGACGGGAAGGAGAAGCAGUUAUCUGAUCAGUCUAAUGCGCAGGAAAAGGGGGAGUCAGUUCCCUAAUAGAAGGGUGGCGAUGUAGAAAGUGUAUCUGGAUAAAUAAUCAAAUGGUUUUCGUUUUGUUUCA